CGUUCACAUCGUUUGCCACUUCAAAGCGCUCUAUAUUGCUGUCGAUCGCUGUCCACAACAUUCACGCCAGACAUCACUCCCUCUGAUCCACAAGUGGUUGCCAUCGCAGACACCGACACACCAUCGCCAGAGACAGACUCGGCUUACCGUACAUAUGAUCAAUACGUUAACGAAUCGCACUCACAGUCGCAGUCAAACAACAACAACAAUAACAACCAUUCCUCUCAGUCUAUAAAGAGAGAAAGGAGUGAUUCCGACGACGAUAGCGACAACGAACCGCUUUCCAAGAAGUUGUCAAAAAGUGUGAAGAAAGAGGACUCCGAUGACGAGUAUUCGCCAAAGAAAGAGACGAAAGUGAAGACUGAGAAGAAAGAAGUGAAGAAAGAGCCGAAGAAAGAGCCCAAAAGUAAGAAACGAAAGAAGGAAUCGGAUUAUGACUCGGAAUAUAACUCCGAAGACGAGGACUACGGACGCAAAAAGAGUAGUAAAAAGAAAUCAAAGUCUUAUUCGGAUGACGACGACGACGACUAUAAGGACUCCAAAAGCAAGAAGAAGGCAAAGAGCGGCAAAAAUGACAAGAAAAGUGAUACUAAGAAGAAGAGCGUCAAAAAAGAGGUGACUUCGAGUCCAGAGAAGAGUCCGACGAAGAAGAAAGUGAAGAAAGAGGAGAACGAAGAGCACAUCUGGAAGUGGUGGGAAGAGGAGAGGCCCGGAGAGGGCAUUAAGUGGAAGACAUUGACACAUAAGGGACCGGUGUUUCCGCCGCCAUACGAACCGCUGCCCAAAAGUUGGCCGGUUUACUCCGAUGACGAGUAUUCGCCAAAGAAAGAGACGAAAGUGAAGACUGAGAAGAAAGAAGUGAAGAAAGAGCCGAAGAAAGAGCCCAAAAGUAAGAAACGAAAGAAGGAAUCGGAUUAUGACUCGGAGUAUAACUCCGAUGACGAGGACUACGGACGCAAAAAGAGUAGUAAAAAGAAAUCAAAGUCUUAUUCGGAUGACGACGACGACGACUAUAAGGACUCCAAAAGCAAGAAGAAGGCGAAGAGCGGUAAAAAUGACAAGAAAAGUGAUAGUAAGAAGAAGAGCGUCAAAAAAGAGGUGACUUCGAGUCCAGAGAAGAGUCCGACGAAGAAGAAAGUGAAGAAAGAGGAAAACGAAGAGCACAUCUGGAAGUGGUGGGAAGAGGAGAGGCCCGGAGAAGGCAUUAAAUGGAAGACAUUGACACAUAAGGGACCGGUGUUUCCGCCGCCAUACGAACCGCUGCCCAAAAGUGUCAAAUUCUAUUACGACGGCAAACCAUUAAGGCUUAAACCAGAAGCCGAAGAAGGACCGGUGUUUCCGCCGCCAUACGAACCGCUGCCCAAAAGUGUCAAAUUCUAUUACGACGGCAAACCAUUAAGGCUUAAACCAGAAGCCGAAGAAGUGGCCGGUUUUUACGCCCGAAUGUUAGACCACGACUAUGUGGCCAAACCUGCCUUUAAUAAGAACUUCUUUAAGGACUGGAGAAAGACUAUGACUGAAGACGAGAAGCAAACGAUAAGUGAUUUAAAGAAAUGUAAUUUCAAAGAUAUGGCCACACAUUUCAAAGAGGAAUCAGAGAAACGCAAACAGAAGACUAAAGAAGAGAAACAGGAGAUUAAGAAACAGAACGAGAAACUGAUCGAAGAGUACGGCUAUUGUAUAGUCGAUGGACACAAGCAAAAGAUCGGUAACUUCAGGAUAGAGCCGCCGGGACUGUUCCGCGGGCGCGGAGAGCACCCGAAGAUGGGAAAACUGAAGAAAAGAGUUCGACCCGAAGAUGUGAUCAUAAACAUUGGUAAGAAAGUGGAUCCGCCGGCGCCUCCCACUGGACGCAAGUGGAAGGAAGUGCGUCACGACAACACUGUCACGUGGUUGGCCUCAUGGCAGGAGAACGUGAUGGGAAAUGUCAAGUAUAUUAUGUUAAACCCGUCGUCUAAACUCAAAAGUAUCAAAGACUGGCAAAAGUACGAAAAGGCGCGCGAACUGAAGAAAUACAUCUCCAAAAUUAGAGACGAUUAUCGGAUCGACUUUAAGGCGAGAGAAAUGGUGAAACGCCAACGCGCUGUCGCUCUCUAUUUCAUCGAUAAGUUAGCCCUCAGAGCCGGUAAUGAGAAAGAAGAGGGCGAGACUGCAGAUACUGUCGGUUGUUGUUCACUACGAGUGGAACACAUCAAACUCCACGACAAGAAGAAUGGGAAGGAAUAUGUGGUCGACUUUGAUUUCUUGGGUAAAGACAGCAUUCGUUACGAGAACUCAGUAUCUGUUGAGAAAAGGGUUUAUAAAAAUCUGAAACAUUUCAUGGAAAGCAAGAAAGGAAGCGACGAUCUAUUCGAUAGGAUAGACACCGCAGAACUCAACAGAUACCUGACUUCACUUAUGGAUGGCUUGACAGCCAAAGUGUUUAGGACUUACAACGCGUCACAAACUCUUCAGUUGCAGUUGAAUGAGUUGACCAAAUCAUCUAUGAGUUUACCCGAAAAGAUAUUGGCCUACAAUCGGGCCAAUCGUGCCGUCGCUCUCCUCUGCAACCAUCAAAGAGCUGUUCCAAAAACAUUCGACAAACAGAUGGAGAACUUGGAGGUGAAGAUUAAAGACAAGAAGAAAGUGGUGAAGGAAGCGAAGAAGAACUACAAGGAGGCCAAGAAGAAUAAGGACAAUGCGGCCAAUGUGGCCAAAUUCAAGAAGAGGAUGGAAACACUUGAGGAUCAACUCGAGAAACUGGAGGCCAAGAAGAAUAAGGACAAUGCGGCCAAUGUGGCCAAAUUCAAGAAGAGGAUGGAAACACUUGAGGAUCAACUCGAGAAACUGGUGCUCCAGAGGACUGAUAAGGAGGAGAACAAACAGAUCGCUUUGGGAACUUCUAAACUUAAUUAUUUAGAUCCAAGGAUUACUGUUGCCUGGUGCAAAAAAUGGGACGUCUCUAUAGAAAAGGUUUAUAACAAAACACAAAGAGAUAAGUUUCGGUGGGCUAUAGAAAUGGUUGGUCCCGAAUACCAAUUC